AUGUGUGGAAUAUUCGCAUAUAUUAAUCAUCUUACGCCUAAAACCCGACGAGAAAUAUUGGAAUUGCUUGUGAAUGGCUUGAAACGCUUAGAAUACCGUGGUUACGAUUCAGCGGGCGUCGCCGUGGAUGCCGCUGACGAAAAAGACAUAGCAGUUGUGAAGAGACGCGGGAAAGUUGCAGCGCUUGAAGAAUUACUUCAGGAGCGAAGUGUUGAACUUGCUGUUGAUGAAAGUAUAGAUUCACACUGUGGCAUCGCACACACACGUUGGGCUACCCAUGGAGAGCCAAGUGCAAUCAAUUCCCACCCGCAGCGCUCUGGAGAAGAUAAUGCAUUUGUUGUUAUUCAUAAUGGAAUUAUUACCAAUUACAAGGAAGUUAAAACUUUUCUAGAAAACAAGGGAUAUGCAUUUGAGUCACAAACAGAUACUGAAGCUAUUGCAAAGUUGAUCCACCACAUCUACAGCCAACAUAAAGGUUAUAAUUUCCAAGAAUUAGUUGAGCAGGUAAUUCAACAACUUGAAGGUGCUUUUGCUCUGUGCUUUAAAUCUCGCUACUUUCCAAAUGAAUGUGUAGCUACUAGAAGAGGUAGCCCUCUCCUAGUUGGAAUCAAAACAAGGCGCCGUCUCUCAAGCGAUCAUGUACCUAUUAUGUACACCAAUAAUAAGGCCACUAGAGGUGUUGUGCCAUCUGUACCUCGUGUCAACAGUCAUGCGCACUUUGAACCUGAAGAAGAAAGAGAUGUGGAGUAUUUCUUUGCAUCUGAUGCAUCUGCAGUAAUUGAACACACAAAUAGAGUGCUUUACUUUGAGGAUGAUGAUGUAGCUCAUAUUAAGGAUGGUGUUCUCAGCAUUCACCGCAUGUCAGGCAGUAGCAGUGACCCACACCAACGUGAAAUUUUAACACUUAAAUUGGAACUGCAACAGAUUAUGAAGGGAAACUAUGAAUAUUUCAUGCAAAAGGAAAUUUUUGAACAAUCUGAAUCUAUUGUAAACACUAUGCGGGGUCGUCUUAACUUUGCUGAUGGCACAGUUACUUUGGGAGGUAUUAAAGAUUAUAUCCCUGAGAUAAAACGUUGCAGAAGAUUAAUGUUAAUUGGAUGUGGUACAAGUUAUCACAGUGCCGUAGCUACUCGUCAGCUUUUGGAAGAGCUUACAGAGCUUCCAGUCAUGGUUGAGUUGGCCUCCGACUUCUUGGACAGAAAUACUCCUGUCUUCAGAGACGAUGUAUGUUUCUUUAUUUCACAAUCAGGUGAGACAGCUGAUACUUUAAUGGCUCUCCGCUAUUGUAAGCGCCACGGAGCUCUUAUUGUUGGAAUAACAAACACUGUAGGAAGCUCCAUUUGCCGCGAAUCACACUGCGGUGUUCACAUCAAUGCUGGCCCAGAAAUAGGUGUUGCUUCCACAAAAGCCUAUACAUCACAGUUUGUGUCCCUAGUUAUGUUCGCCUUGGUGAUCAGUGAAGAUCGCAUAUCACUUCAGAAACGACGCGCCGAUAUCAUCGCCGGACUGCACGAGUUGGACACGAAAAUUAAGCAGGUCUUAGCUUUGGAUGACAAAGUUAAAGCAUUGGCCGAAGACCUUUACCGACAACGUUCGCUGCUCAUAAUGGGUCGUGGCUAUAAUUUUGCAACAUGUUUGGAAGGUGCUCUGAAGGUCAAGGAGCUAACGUAUAUGCACAGCGAGGGAAUUAUGGCGGGUGAACUGAAACACGGACCUCUGGCCCUCAUUGAUGACUCGAUGCCAGUCAUGAUGAUAGUUAUGCGGGAUCCCGUUUACACUAAGUGCAUGAACGCACUACAGCAGGUGACUGCCCGACAAGGCCGUCCGAUAGUUGUAUGCGAAGAAGGUGAUACAGAAACAAUGAGUCUUGCGUCGCGGUGCCUGGAAGUACCAAAAACAGUAGAUUGCUUGCAAGGCGUAUUGACUGUUAUCCCGAUGCAGUUGUUAGCAUAUCACAUUGCCGUUCUUCGUGGUUGCAAUGUUGACUGUCCACGUAAUCUUGCAAAGUCUGUAACAGUCGAG